AUGCCGCAGACGGCGUCCUCCAGAGCGUCAUCCUUUUUUAUUGAGAACAUUCUUUCCACUGCGCGCAGUGAGCAAAAAUCGGAACGAGGAGACCAUGAAGAUGCCGCGGGUUCAUCAAUGACAGCCUCAAACUCCGAUACAAUCGCUCCAGUGUCAGAGGGCUCAGUGUCAGCUGCGCGCUCAACGCGCAUAGACUCACCGCUGCAGUGGUACCGUCCGAGUGUCGGAACUUUGCAAACAGCACACAGUCCACAGGACACCUUUAACUCAGAGGAGCAACUGUCUUCUGUGUCGCCUUGUGGAAGAACUUCUCCAGACUCCAUAACAGAAGGCAGUGAUGAAACGGACAGAAGAAGCAGUGAGCACAGCGCGGUGGAGGAUGGAGAGGACGCACAGAGCAGCUGCGAGAGUCGCUUGGAGCAGGUCACAUGCCGCAAAAAGAAAACUCGCACGGUGUUCAGCCGCGGCCAGGUGUUCCAGCUGGAGUCCACCUUUGACGUGAAGCGCUAUCUGAGUAGCACUGAGCGCGCGGGCCUAGCCGCAACGCUGCAGCUCACAGAGACCCAGGUCAAGAUCUGGUUCCAAAACCGUAGGAACAAAUGGAAAAGGCAACUGGCGGCGGACCUGGAGGUGUCUCACUUCCCCAACACUGGACAGCGCAUAGUGCGAGUGCCCAUCCUGUACCACGAAGGGCCAACGUCCACUGGCUCACUGGGGCUCAGCCUGAACGUGACCCCGGUGCCAGGCUUCCCCAACUCCAUCACCUAUCCACUGUCCUCUUUCGCACAGUCCAUGAACGUGUUGAGGUCUCAGAUGUCCGGCCUGGUCUAA